CUGUGUUAUGGCUAUUUUUAAAACAAUCAAGAUGACCCUAAAACUUCUACCUCUUCACAAAAAUGCCGAAUACAUGUUAGAAUGUUGUAAAUUAAUAAAUGAAGAAUGGAAAAGAAGCGAAACUGCCCGUUUGAGAAGCCUGGAAGGUUCUUGCGAUAAAUUGCCGACUUGUUUGAUACUUUUAGAAGAUAAAAAAGUUAUUGGUCAUGUCAAGUUGUCUGUUAUCGGUAGUAUUAAGGAGGCAUGUUUUCUGGAAACGGUUGUUAUAAGCAAGGAUUUAAGAGGGAAGGGGUUUGGGAGUGUGCUAAUGAAAAAAACCGAGGAAUAUUGUAGGGAGUUUUUAAAAUUAAAGACGAUUUUUUUGUCAACCAAAGGGCAAGAAGGUUUUUAUCGUAAAUUGGGUUAUAGUGAUUGUAAACCUGUUUCUAUUUAUGGUGGAGGGACUAAUUUGGCUGAAAAUAUACCAAACAUUGAGCCCAGUGAAAAUAUUAUAUUACAUUCAGGACCUCCGCCUCCUCCCAUACCUUCCCACCUGAAAAUAAUGAGCAAUCCAAAGACUUUCAUGAAAAAAGAUUUAUAG